CAUUUAUUACUUACCCGAAUCAAUCUUCACUAAUCAGGAUGAAAGAUUUAAAUAGAACAAAAAUGUUUUUAUUAUUUAAAAAAAUAAAAGGCACCAGAGAGAAAAAUGUACCAAAAAUAAAUAAAUCCAUACAAUCUCGUCGAACUAUAUUUGAUAAGUUAUCGUAAAGGGAAUUGAUAAUUAAUAUGUGAUUAUUAUCUUAUAAUAUUUAAUAUGUUUGCGAUUGCAAAGUGCUCAGUUAUUUGAUUACUUGCUUGCUCUUGUUUAUUUUAUUGUCCCUCACCACAUAACACCUGCUCUAACAUUUCACUAGUGAGUAUACGAGGUAAAUUUGUAUAUCAUGUCACACCGUACUUGGGAGCACUUGUGAUCAGACGUACACGAGAAAGUCAUUCAUCAAGUUUAUCAACAUACGAUAUCAGAGAGUGAAGCGUUAGUAAGUAAAUUGUUGGGUCUACCCAGUUUAUUAUGAACAAUGGCUGUCGAGACACAUCUGGUUGGAGCAAAUGAUAAUGGCAUGGUGAAGAAAAUCAAGAGAAAAUCGAAAAUUUGUGCCUGGUGUGAACUACACUGGCGAAAGAUCUUCGCUGAAAUGGUAUCAACAUUAUUGUUACUGCUUAUUGGUUGUAUGGCUUGUACUCCUUUAGAUGGUAUUCCAUUUAACGUAGUUAUGCGUGGCUCUGUCGGGUUCGGAAUAAUAGUGUUAUUUAACAUACAAACAUUUGGACACAUUUCUGGAGCACAUAUGAAUCCUGUUGUAACCAUAGCAGCGGCGAUUUGGGGACACCUGUCCAUAGAAUUAGCUCUUGCUUACUUUAUAGCGCAAUGUGCCGGCGCUAUUUUAGGUUACGGUAUGUUGGUUGCUCUGUCAUCAGAGACCGUAGCAGCUGGUGUAUGUUUAACCCUUCCUAAUUCUAGAUAUACAAUUUUGCAAGUAUUAGGCGUUGAAAUAUUCAUAGCUUCAGCACUAUUGUUCAUCACAUGUUCUGUUUGGGAUCCCAUAAAUGAAAAAAAUCUUGAAUCUGCUUCAAUUAAAAUUGGUCUCACUAUCGCGGGCUUAUCAAUUGCGGGAGCACCAAUAACUGGGGCUAGCAUGAACCCAGCAAGAUCUUUGGGCCCAGCCUUUUGGAACAAUAAUUGGGAAGCUCACUGGGUUUAUUGGGUGGGGCCGUUUGUUGGAGGAAUUUUGACAGCUGUAUUAUAUAAAUACGUUUGGCUGAAACGUGUAGAUGAAAUAAGGAACACAGAAGUGACAACUUGGUCUGAAGAAGUUGAAGGAGAAGUAUAGGAAAUUGUUUCUAUAAAUAAUUUAAUAUUAAACUUUUAUAAUAGAACAUGUAAUGUAUAAAUUGUAUAAUAAUAUUUAUAUUAAAAUUUGAUGAGU